AUGCCUCCCCCGGCGAUGGAUCUGCCUGCGCGGAGUUCCCGCGCUUCGCCAACCCCCGCGCCGAGCAGCCGGCCUUUUGCACCGCCAGCCCGUGCGCGAGAAGACACCCUGUCUGCGCGGAAGGGCUCAGGGCGUGGGGAGUCGAGCCCGCCCUCGUCGCAGAGCGGAGCGCGCGAGGCGGGCGGCUGUCCCUCGCAGUUGGCCUUGCCGGAGGCCGCAGAGAUGGCGGGGGCAGACGCGGCGGCGUGCGCGUGCAGCUCUGCUGCUUUGGCUGAGCUGCGCGACCAAAAUGCGCGCCUGAGUGCGCUCAACUCCGUCCUGCUUGCAAAUAUCUCCAGCCUCUACAAAACCGCCAAGGAGGAAGUGAAGCGGAGAGACGACAUGCUCGCGGAGAAGGACGCGGCGAUCGCGCAGCUCCGGCAGGAGCUUCGGACCUUGAAGGAAGGCCCUCCUCUCACCCAGAGGGCCGGACAGUGGAAAUGA